AUGUCCGCCGCCGCCUCCCACCACCACCACCACCUCCUCCUACUCCUCUCCAUCCUUCUCCUGAAACUACUCACCCCACCCGCCGCCGUCGCCCAGAACACCACCACCGAACCUUGCCCGCUCGAUUUCUCCGUCCUCCGCAACCUCGUCCAGAACGCCAGAAUCCCCACCGUCGACCGCACCCAGGCCUGCCAGUACCUCCGCCAGGGCCUUCGCCUCGUCCAGUCCGACUACCUCCGCCGGACCAACGAUUUCCUCCCGCCGCUCUCCUCCGCCGAAUCCUGCUGGCGCUCUUACCAGCGCCUCGUCGACGACUUCCUCCCCAUCCCCAACUUCGACGCCCGCUCCUCCUGCGGCUUCCAGACCAGCUGGAUCUCGCAGGGCUGCCUCAACAUCACCACGAGGCAGGACUUCGAAUCCCAGAUCUCGGCAUCCGAGCUCGCCAAUAUCAUCUCCAAUUGCAAUCAGUCGCUGGAGAACCGAUCCCCCUGCGGCACCUGCGUCUCGGCUUUGACGACCAACGUCCACAGUUUCAACGGGACUUCCAUCGGUCAGAUCUCCGAUUGCCCUGCUUAUCCUUUAAUCUACGCCGCUUCGAUUGUCAAUUCCCUCGGCCCUACCGAUAGCGGCACCGCCAGUUGCUUGUUCUUGCUCGAUUUCACUUCCAACGCUUCCAAUUCCAGCAAGAACUCGAACAAAACCCUAAUCCCGGCCGUUGCCGGUGGAUGUGCAGGAGGGUUACUGAUUCUUGGAUUAGGGAUAUGGCUGGGGAGGAGGAAAUGGAAGAAGAAAAAGAAGCAGGAGGUGGAGGAGAAGGAGGAACUGGAAAUGGGGUUGGAUGCGGGGCUUGUGAAGUUCAAAUACGAGGAAAUCAAAACGGCGACCAAGAAUUUCGCUGUGCAGAACCUUGUAGGGAAAGGAGGGUUCGGAAACGUAUACAGAGGUGUAUUCCCCGACGGCUCCGAAAUCGCGGUGAAGAGGUUCAAGAACUGUUCCGCUUCAGGGGACGAAAGCUUCGCGCACGAGGUGGCCGUGAUUGCGAGCAUACGCCACGUGAAUUUGGUAGCUCUGAAGGGCUACUGUAUCGCCACCACUCCGGCAGAAGGUCACCAGAGGAUGAUCAUCUGCGAGUUACUCAAGCACGGGAGCCUCCACGACCACUUGUUCGACGACGGGGGCGGCGGCAAUUCGAAGCUGAGCUGGCCGAUUCGACGGAAGAUCGCACUGGGCACGGCCAGAGGGCUGGCUUACCUGCACACGGGAGCUCAGCCGACGAUCAUCCACCGUGACAUCAAGGCCAGCAACAUUCUCCUGGACGACGAUUUCGAAGCCAAAGUGGCGGAUUUCGGGCUGGCGAAAUCGAACCCGGAAGGGGUUUCCCAUCUCAGCACCCGCGUGGCUGGGACGUGGGGGUAUCUGGCACCCGAGUACGCGCUGUACGGGCAGCUGACGGAGAGGAGCGACGUGUAUAGCUACGGCGUGGUGCUCCUCGAGCUUCUGAGCGGGAAGAAGGCGAUGCUGAGGAGCGACGAUGGCGGCGGCGACGAGGAGGAGAGCCAGAACCAGCCGCGGCUGCUGGCGGAUUGGGCUUGGGGGUUGGCGAGGGAAGGGAGGGCGUUGGAUGUGGUGGAGGACGGGAUGCCGGAGCUAGGUGGAGCUGAUGAGUUGGAGAGAUAUGUGAUGGUUGGGAUUCUCUGUUCGCACACGGAGCUGCACGCUAGGCCGACGAUGGAGCAGGUGGUGAAGAUGUUGGAGGCGGAUAUGGUGGUUCCUGAGAUCCCGGCUCGGCCGACGUUUAUGGUGAACCCGUUGGAUGUUGGGGAGAAGUCGAUGGACAGCAUGGGGUUUUCUUCUGGUUACGAUCGACCAUAUGAGAGUAGAGCUCGGAGACUGAAAGAAGAUGAGUCCGACUCUGCAACUUCAGAAUCGUCGUAG